AUGAAUUGUAACGUGUUCAUAGCUUUCGCCUCCGCACUUCUCGUAAUGACUUUGCAGACGACCGACUUCCAAGACAACCUUAUCAAUGGGUACCGAACGUUGAUAGCGGACAUACAAGUGCGAACACAGAAAUCACGAGAAGACAUGGAUACAUUGGUGUCACAAAUCAAACUUCUCAUGAAGAACGAGGCAGACAAAGCCAUUAAUUACAUGACGGUCUACCUUGAACAAAUAUCAUUAUACUUUCAGAUUAUAAUUCACGAUAGGAAGCCGAGAAAUGGAACUUAUUGUAAAGAGAGCAUCGUAAAACUCUUGGGAGAGAAUCUGCAGUUGGCAGAUGAGAAUGUUACAUUAUGUUUAGCUCUUGGAUAUCAGAGGGUACAAAGACUACCGGAAAAACUGCAAGUGCACUUUGAAACAUUAGAAAAUCUGAAGAAAUAUUCGGCAUCGAAAUUAUUCGAAUGCCAGAAACAACAGCAGGUCGGAGGGAAUUGCUCACAUGAAAGCCAAGACCUUGAAAGGACUGUUUUCCUUUACGAAACGUCGCCUUUUCCAGUUGUGAUGGCUGAAAUCGCAAUUCAUGGUUUCAAAGAGGUGUCGGAUCUAAGUGUUUGCCUUAAAGACAUAAUAUCAAGGAUGAUGACGCACUCCGUCAAAGUGAUUGGAGACUUCAACAGGUGCAUCCAUAACAUCGAAAUGCCCAAGUUGAAGUAUUUACUGAAAUUCAUGAAGAAAUAUGCG